GGGCUCUGAGCUGCUCCUGAAGUGUUGUGAUUUCAGUCUGGCUCCAGUCUUGUCACAGUAGUGAGGGGCGCCUUUUCGCUCUGCUCUGGCGCUCUGGGAUUACUAACCGUUUACCGAAGAAACUAACGCAAGCUAAAACUAACAACUCUGCCUUCUUCACCGCGACUUUACCGCUUCAGUAUCUUCUCUGAGAGACAACGACGGCUAUUUCUUUCCACACUGGACGUAAGGAAACAAAGACACACUGACAGCUGCUGUCUUAACCAGCCUGCACCAACCUGCUAUACUUACCUGCUUGGUGGAUCGCUGUUUGAAAGAUAAGGAAGUUUGUUGAAGACCUGAAGACUUUCCUAGAGGUAGAACCUCAAAAGGGGGUUUCAACCCCUGACACCCCACUAACCGCCCCAUCUUCAAAACCCCGCCUCCAAGACCCCGCCCUGCUGAGGUCACUUCCUGAGAGAAGUGCGAGGGGCUAAAGACUAGUGGAUCGUUGGACGUGACAAAACCUCUCUGUGGGAGGUGAAUCUGCUGUGGGCCAUGUGUUUCUGCUGAGGUCUCAUCUUCUGCCAAAAUGAGGCUGACGCCUGGCUCGCCUCGACCCGUCCUGCCGGCCAUCCUGGCUCUCACCUUAGCCGCCUUCUUACCUCCGCUGUCCUCAGGAGCCACGCCGUUCCCCCAAGACCUGGAACCAAUCAGCAUCGUGGGCAGAGAAUCCUCCUACCUCUAUCCCAGCUUCCAGGGACUCAUGUCGGACAAUGACACCGUCCGCCUGGGCCUGGACUUCCAGAGGAUGCUGAGGAUCAACCGCAUGCUCUACAUCGCUGCCCGGGACCAUGUGUUUGCCAUCAAUCUCGCCACUUCAUCUGAGCAGAUAAUCCCACAGCAGAAACUGACUUGGAAGACGAAGGAUGUGGAGAAGUGCACUGUGAGAGGCAAAAACAGCGACGAAUGUUACAACUAUAUCAAAGUGCUGGUGCCACGUAAUGACGAGACGCUUUUCGCCUGCGGCACCAACGCCUUCAACCCCACCUGCCGUAACUACAAGAUGUCCACGCUGGAGCAGGAAGGGGAGGAGGUGGUGGGACAGGCUCGAUGCCCCUUUGAGUCCCGCCAGUCCAACGUCGGCCUUUUUGCAGGUGGUGAUUUCUACUCGGCCACCAUGACAGACUUCCUGGCGAGCGAUGCCGUGAUUUACAGAAGUCUGGGAGAAAGUAGCCCUGUUCUGCGUACAGUCAAGUACGACUCCAAAUGGCUGCGAGAGCCCCAUUUCCUCCACGCUAUUGAGUACGGGAACUAUGUGUACUUCUUCUUCAGCGAGAUCGCAGUGGAGUACACCACUCUUGGCAAGGUGGUUUUCUCCAGAGUCGCACGUGUUUGUAAGAAUGACAACGGCGGUUCGCCGAGGGUGCUGGAACGUUACUGGACUUCGUUCCUCAAAGCGCGGCUGAACUGCUCCGUCCCGGGCGACUCCUUUUUCUACUUUGAUGUCCUGCAGUCGCUGACAAACGUGUUGCAGAUCAACCACCGGCCGGCCGUGCUCGGCGUCUUCACCACACAGGCAAACAGCAUCACCGGCUCAGCGGUCUGUGCGUUCUACAUGGACGACAUAGAGAAGGCCUUCAGUGGCAAAUUCAAAGAGCAGAGGAACAGUGAGACAGCGUGGACACCUGUUCCGGAGGAACAAGUCCCCACACCAAGGCCGGGAUGCUGCGCCGGGGAGGGCUCAGCGGCUGCCUACAAGUCGUCCACCAGCUUCCCUGAUGACACCCUGACUUUUAUCAAGUCUUACCCGCUCAUGGACGAGUCCGUCCCCUCGGUCAACGACAGGCCCUACUUCACCCGGACCACCAGCAGAUUCAAGUUGACCCAGAUAGCAGUGGACACGUCUGCUGGGCCGUAUAAGAACUACACCGUGGUUUUUCUGGGCUCAGACAACGGCCAUGUGCUGAAGAUCCUGGCCAGCACCGAGGGAGCCAACGCAUCCUUCAGCACCCGACUCCUGGAGGACAUCGACGUCUACAACCCUAACAAAUGUAACGUGCAGGGAGAGGACCGGAGGGUGCUGGGUCUGGAGUUGGAUCGGGAUCAUCAUGCGUUGUUUGUGGCAUUCUCCGGCUGUGUGAUCCGAGUGCCGCUGAGCCGCUGCUCUGACUACAGCACCUGCAAGAAAAGCUGUCUGUCUUCACGGGACCCUUACUGCAUUUGGCUCAAGUCUGGCAGCUGUGCCACAAUCUCACCUGGCUUCAAAGGCGGCUUUGAACAGGAUGUGGAGAACGGUUACCGUCAGCAUGCUGAUACUUGCCACGAUGUUCUGGCGACCACUCGCAAGCACAACCCGGCUCUGGAUUCAGCGUAUGGGAAGACCACACCCACAAGCGCCAGCACAACCUAUCAUGGGGCGGCAUUCCCAAAGGAGGCAGGUGACCCUGAAAGAGGUACAGGUCCUGAUGGCCCUCCCCCUGUGGGGGAACAAGGGUCACCUGACUCGGAGCCAAUCAGUGUGGAGAUGGAGGGUGUGAGGCGGCCACCAGAGCUGGAGAAGACCAAUCACAGUGUCCAUUAUACUUUGCUGAUUGCUUGUGUUUUGGUGGCCUUCGUCCUUGGCGCCUUCCUCUCUGGCUUCCUUGUCUCCUGCUACUGUAACCACACCGGCCACAAGACUAAGAAGUUGUCGAAAGAUCCCGAGGCCCCCAUCCCGCACGCCCUGUCCCUCCGCAGCCUGGCCAAGCUCAAUGGCCUCCUGGACAGCCAGAGCAAAGAUGACAAGAUGGAGGUGUCAUCUCCAAAGAUCUACAACUCUUUCUUCGCCAACAGCAAGGAGCAUCACCCACCAAGGAGAAACGGCCAUCACGCAAUGACAAUGGGAGACCUGGUCCACCACCAACACCACCUCCACCAUUCCUCAGAGCUAUCUGGUCUGCCAACACCAGACUCAACCCCAGAACUGCCCAUCAAGAGCAUGAAAGCCUUCAAGAACCAAUGGGAGAAGAACCAGAAUUGCAACAAUGCCAAGGAAGCAAAGUCCCACAACACUGGCUCCAGGCCCAGCUCAGCCCUGCUUCACCAGCAGGUCUUCCCGUACUCCCAUGGCCUGUCCAAUGGGCAGCCAUUAGUCGGUCACCUCCAUCCAGAAGAACGCAAAAUCCACAAUGUUGAACGUGUGCUAUCUCAGCAACCUUACCCUGGUUACUCCCAGAAGGUGAUGGAGGUUACCUCACUGGAUGAGCUCCUGAAGCACAUCCACGAGGCAAGCUGCAGCAAGAACUCCCAGUUAAUGAGCCCGUCGGGUCUGAUGGCCUGCGCUGGUGGAGGUCAGCUAGCAUUCGCCAACCGCAUCCAACCUCAGAUUCCUGAGACAGAAUCAGCCCCCUACUAUAGCUCAUCCACGUUACCACGAGACAGCCUCACCCGACGCAUGGAUGUUCCUCCGGAAAUUCCCCCACACCACCAGUCCACCCUGGAGAGGAGGCACUCCUCCCAGAGGCACUCACUGAUUGCUGCCGCCACCAAGAUGCCCAACGGUGGCGGAGGAGGAGGAGGAAUGAUACCUCGCCAGCACAGCUUCAGCCAACGAAAUGGUGGGCCCCACCAGCCGCCUCCCCUCCUGGCACGGAUGAACUCGACAGGCAGCGCCUGCGAGGUUCACUACCCCCUCAUCCCCAAUGGGUACCUGACACGCCAGCACAGCUACAAUGGAGAGCAGCAGGAGGUCCAACACAGGGCCGCUAUCGUCCGUCGGGCCUCCUCUCUCAAACCCGAUGUCCCUCCCAAGCCCCUGUUCAUACCUGCCACGUCCCCCGUCAACCAACAGGGAAAGUUCAACUAUUGAGGAGGUACACUCCUGAACUAGAGAGGGAGUCUCCCUCUUUGUGUCUUCUUAAAGGAACUUCCUUUUGAAGAAAUGCAGUGGGUUCGAGGUUGCAGACCUUCACACGAGAACCAUCGUGUGGCAGCCAGUGUCACUGUUGAUGAAAGCCUCAACCAAACUUGUUUUUUCCCUCUUCUUUUUGUCCAACGAAUAUCUUUGUACCAUAUUGGUAUUGCUCAGCUACUUGCUUAUUAUAGAACCGCUGACUCGGGUGACGUGACGCCACCUCCUUAUAUUAGGCUGCCAAUGUCCUCAGUGUGGAUUUACAAUGCAACUUAGUUUUUGGACGUGUUGAUGUUGGAAGAACUUUGCACAUCAGUCAUCUUGAAGACUUUAAAAGCCGGAGGCUCCUGCAAUGCUUAGAUUCAUGCUUUUGCUUAACCUUUUCUGAUGUAGUGUUGGUAACCAGUCCCCACCCACCCCACCCUCGAAUGUGUUUAUAUUAUGCAUGUGUGUGUAUAUAUAUGUGUGUUUAUAUCCACACCGUAUAUGUAUACAUAUACAUAUGCAGUAUAUGUAACCUGUGGUGAAAAGUCAGCAAAUUCCCCUGAAAGUAGUUAUGUCUUUGCCUUACUAUACUCUUUCAUCUUUGGGCAUAUCAAACAAUCCCCCCCAACCCCCCAACCCCUAAGAAAGAUCUUAGGGACACCAAAUCAUGCACUUCAUUGAUACAUUGUCAGUUGGCUAAAAACACUGAACCAAAUUUGUUCGUGUUGAUAAGAGAAAGGAAAUACUUCGACAAAGCAGCUAAACUCGUCUAUUCUCUUUUCUUUUCCCGUCCCAGCAGAUGUCGGGUCAGAAGUGACGUAAUCGGGUCCAUUUAAGUCCGUCGAGAAUGUUUCUAUAAGAUUGGUGCUCCACACAUCUAGUGUGUCUAACAUCCUCUGAAAUGGAAACAAACAAAACUGAAUACUCUUGGACCUAAAGAGGACAAGUCAAAAAUGCCAUGCCAUCUGGCAAUAUGAGAAUGAACAUAAAACAUAGAACGGACUGCAGUUAUAAUAAUUAUUAACUUUGUGGCUAUUGGUUGUAAAUAAAGGAAUACUUACUAGCCAAAAUUUAACUGUAUGUGUAAAUGUGUGCCUUAUUUAAUAAUAGUGUGUGACAUGGGGGUAGGGGUUAAUGCAAGGGAAGAUGGCUACUAUGCUACAGUAUAUUUUAGGUGUUUCAUUUUCUAUGGUCGUCAGUAUGUGUCAUACAGUAUCUAUUGUAUAUUUGAAGAGUUUCAUUCCAGAAUGAGAUAUUUGUCACCUGUUCUGAUUACUGCAAGUAUGAUUGUAACGCUCACUAAUGAAUCAUAUGUUAUAUCUUGAGUAUAUUGAGCCCUUUUUCUUUCACAAAGUAAUAUUUUACAAAUUGUCAUCUGUUAUUUUGAAAAUUAUUAAACACCAGAUAUAUAGAUAUAUAUUGUUUGGAUGGAUACAGUGUUUUGGAAUGAAACCCUUCAUUUCUCUUUGUUUAGGUUUUUUUUUUUUUUUUAUCCCAGAAGUGUGAGCCUGCAGAUUUUAUUUUGGAAGAGCUUGGGAAAGCAAGUACACAGCCUGAGACUGCAGACAUUCAGGUUCGACUGCCUCCGUAUUAUGUCACUUUCCACUGGGUGUCACUUUUCCUAUAGGUGCCAUUGUUCACUUUUUGUUUUUUUUAUUUUAGCAGUAGCAUUAGCAUCACUUUGGGUUUCUAAAGGAGCAGCUCACAGUUCCUCUUAAGUUAUCUCCUACAGACCUGUAGCCAUUGUAGAAGUCUAUCGGAGAAGGUUGGUGGAUGGAGAAAAUAUGUGGCGUGUGGUCCAAAGCUUAAUGUUUAGAAAUGUAUUUUUUUUUUUAUUAUUCUGAGAGAAAAAAAACAUGUUACACUAAAUUGCUAAAAAAAAAAAAAUCAGAAAAUGGAUGAAGGGUGCCGUUAUGAAACUGGACUUCUACAAUGGUUACCGCUGUAGAUUUAGACUUGACCUGUGUCAACAGGUGUCAACAUCAACAAUGCAGGAAGCAAAUAAAUGGGAGUGGAGAUUUAGGAAAUAUGUGGAAACAUAGAAGUGCAAUGAACUCUGAUCCGACAAGCUGUGAUUGUUUCUUGGAUCGAUACAAUGGGGGAGCCGGUUCCCAGGUGGCCAUGCCGCCAAACAUCUGCUGAGGGUUUUCCUCAGGGAAGGUGAUGCCAGUUGGCUCUGCCUCGGAAUAAUCACGACUCCAAGAAUCUCCGAUCUUGUACUUUUCAGCAGAGUCACUUUGGCCACGGUUGACUGGAACCGUGAUCAAUUCUGUGAAAAACA